CCGGACGACAACUGCAGUAGAGAGAUAACGGGCAAACAAUCGGCAACAGCUCGCUAGCUCAGGGAAGUAAUAAGUCUUUGAGUUGAAGCUCGUGUGACCUAAAAAAGUAAUGAGGUAGAUAGUCGGAUACCCAAUAAACAUAACUUCUUAUGGAGCAGACCGGUGUUGCCACUGUGAGAAUGGACCAGGAGUUUGAAGAAAUAGAUUCAGAAGGCCGGUGGCAAAAACUGUACUCAGAAAUCAGGAAUCAGUCUCAUGAGUGCUCCUACAAAGUUGCAAAGUAUCCGGAGAAUCGCAACAGAAACAGAUACAGAGACGUCAGUCCAUUUGAUCACAGUCGAGUGAAGCUGGAGAACACAGAAAAUGAUUACAUCAAUGCAAGUCUGGUAGUGAUGGAGGAAGCCCAGAGGAGUUACAUAUUAACUCAGGGGCCGCUCAGGAACACCUGUGGCCACUUGUGGCUUAUGAUCUGGGAGCAGAAGACCAAAGCAGUCAUCAUGCUCAACAGGGUCAUAGAGAAAGGAUCGGAAAAGUGCGCCCAGUACUGGCCCACAGCCGAGGAGAGAGAGAUGGCCUUUAGAGACACACAUUUCUUGGUCACAUUGUUGUCAGAAGACACCAAGUCUUACUACACCACCAGAGUAUUGGAGAUGCAGAAUCUUAAUACAGGGGAGAAGAGGGAGAUUUACCAUUUCCAUUAUACCACGUGGCCUGAUUUUGGUGUUCCUGAGUCCCCAGCAUCCUUCCUAAACUUCCUUUUUAAGGUACGGGAGUCUGGAGCAUUGGGGGUGGAUCAUGGACCAGCUGUGGUACACUGCAGUGCUGGAAUUGGACGCUCAGGGACGUUUUCAUUAGUUGACACAUGCCUAGUCCUCAUGGAGAAGCGGAAAGACACUUCUUCAGUGGACAUUAAAAGCAUCCUGUUGAACAUGAGGAAGUACCGCAUGGGCCUGAUCCAAACUCCUGACCAGCUACGCUUCUCCUACAUGGCUGUCCUUGAAGGAGGCAAGUUCAUCAUGGGAGACUCCUCUGUACAGAACCAAUGGCGCGAAUUAUCCAAAGAAGAUCAGGCGCCGUCUUCAGAGUCUCCGCCCUCGGCUCAGCCUCAAGCCAGGUGUCCGGUGGAGCGAUACAAUGGCAGCCAACGAGGAGGUCAGCACGAGGAGGGAGGAGAAUACAGACAGGAUGGCAAAGUACCUACACAGUCUCCCUGCAAGGAACAGGAGCAGGAUGGCAGCACAGCACAGUCAGUACACAAACGACGCAGAGAAGACAGCAUUUCCAAAUCCGGCACAGCCAAAACAUCCCAAAGCAAGUCCAGGUCAAAUGACUCAGAGAGGAAGAGGAAAAGCCCUGCAACACUUUCCACACCAAAGUUGGGCCAGUAAAGAUUUUACCACUUUGUAACGUUGAUGUUACGGCAUUGACGAUACCAAUGAACUGUUUUACGUGUUUUUUUUUUUUUCUUUUCAAAAUCCUCCACAAAUUCCUCACUUCAAGCAGAAUGUUGUUUUGUAUGGUCUAUUUGGAAUACUGAUUGUUUUCAGCAAGACACAAACUGCAGCUCUGAGAUAGUCCAUCCUGCCUGCCUUCAAGUCCAAAAAUUCAUCAGCCUCUCAGCACAAUGUUAACAUAAGCACAGUAAAGUUUAAAUGGCAUUUGUAAAUAUAGCUUCAUAUUGUAGUUCUUGACAAAGUUUUCCCAAAGGAAUCCCUUGUUCUGGUUACAUCUAUUAUUAUUGAUUAGAUAGGCUUCUAAGGGUUCUUAAUGCAGUGACUUGCGAAGGGUCGGAAAUCAAAGGUGUCCGACUCAGUCUUGCAACUUUGCCAUUUACACACUUCUCAUAGUUUCUCCAGGUUUCCUGAAUGGUUUAAUGAUGUUAUGGACUGUAGAGAGAGAAAUAUCUAAAUCCCUUCUGAAUUUUCUUUGAGAACAACAGUUCAAUGAUUUUCUCUUAUAUGUUGGCAAUCUGGAGAUUCCAGUCUUUCAUAGCUACUGCUUUUGUAACAAAUCACGAUUCUCCUUUUUAAAACAACAUAAUUUUAUUUAUUAUUUUAAUUUCUGUCCCUAAAUUGGCCUCGAAGUGGAUGUUUACUUACUAACAAGUUAAGUAGAUGACAGAGGUUUGUAAUUUCUAUAAAUUAAAUGCAGAAUACACUGCUUUCCACAUGUUCCAUAAAGUCUCAACUUUUUUGGGGGGGGUGUAUAUGUGUAAAAAUAUACAUGUUCAAAAAUUGCAGCACCAUUUUCUCUUUUAUAAUCCUUUAAAUGGAUGAAAAAACCUUUUUCCUGUACAAUGCCUUUUAAAGAGAUGUUAAAGAAAACCUUUUUUAAGCAAGAUUUCUUUUAAACCCACUGACAGAAGGAAGUCAGUACAGGCUUUUUUAGUGCUUAAUUCAACCUUUGAAUACCGAAGCAAUGCAGACUCUUUUUUUCUUUUGCUUUUUUAUUUCCUUUCCACUCUCCUCCCAUCAUUCUCUGGCAUGUAGUGUGACAAAGUCUAGCUAAAUGACUUCUUUCCUCUGUUGCUUUAAAGGCCGACAGACCUGAUAAAGCACUUCUCUCUGAUGACAGUGCACCUUCCAAGUCAUUUCUGAGAAACCUUCCUUUGUUGUGUGAUUAUGUCAGUGUCAUUUCAGCAAUACGGUCGAAAGUGCACCCUUUCUGAUUAGGUCUCACUCUGCUGUUGUG